UGUCCGUGGCGGUGAUGUCGGUGGACAUGGGCAGUGAAUCGAUGAAGAUUGCUAUCGUGAAGCCCGGGGUGCCGAUGGAGAUCGUCUUAAACAAGGAAUCACGAAGGAAAACACCUGUGGCUGUUUCUUUGAAGGAGAACGAGCGUCUGUUUGGCGAUAGCGCACUAGGAAUGUCCAUAAGGACCCCCAAGGUGGCAUUCAGAUAUUUUCAGGACCUGCUGGGUAAGCGUAUCGAUAACCCCCAUGUGGCACUGUACCAGUCCCGAUUCCCAGAGCACGAGCUGGUGAAGGAUGAGAAAAGGCAGACGGUUAUCUUCAAGCUAUCUCAAACGAUACAGUAUUCUCCAGAGGAGAUGCUGGGGAUGGUCCUGAACUAUUCACGUGGUCUGGCUGAGGAAUUCGCAGAGCAGCCCAUCAAGGACGCGGUGAUCACAGUUCCUGCCUACUUCAACCAGGCGGAGAGGCGAGCGGUUCGCAUGGCUGACUUGAAGGUGCUGCAGCUGAUCAAUGACAACACUGCUGUAGCGUUGAACUAUGGAGUUUUAGGAGGAAAGACAUCAAUGCCACCGCACAGCUUCUCUUUUCAGAAUAUCAUGUUUUACGACAUGGGAGCAGGAAGCACCGUUUGUACUAUUGUUACCUAUCAGACAGUGAAAACUAAGGACUCAGGAACCCAACCUCAAUUGCAGAUCCAGGGCGUUGGGUUUGACCGUACUCUUGGAGGCUUAGAGAUGGAGCUUCGUCUCCGGGACUAUUUGGCGAAACUCUUUAAUGAUCAGCACCCUUCAAAAGAUGUCAGAAAAAAUCCCCGGGCCAUGGCCAAACUACUGAAGGAGGCCAACCGCCUGAAAACUGUCCUGAGUGCAAAUGCUGACCACAUGGCACAGAUUGAGGGGCUACUGGAUGACAUUGACUUCAAGGCCAAGGUCUCAAGGCAAGAAUUUGAGGAUUUGUGCUCUGACUUGUUCCAGCGAGUCCCAGGACCUGUGCAGCAGGCUCUGAGCAGCGCAGAGAUGAACCUGGAUGGAAUUGACCAGGUGAUUCUAGUUGGCGGUGCCACACGGGUCCCCAAAGUGCAGGAGGUUUUGCUGAAAGCUGUGGGCAAAGAAGAACUGGGCAAGAACAUCAAUGCCGAUGAGGCUGCUGCUAUGGGUGCAGUUUACCAGGCAGCUGCUCUGAGCAAAGCCUUUAAGGUGAAGCCUUUCGUGGUUCGGGAUGCUGCUGUGUUUCCCAUCCAGGUGGAGUUUACUCGUGAAGUUGAGGAGGAUGAUAAAUCCAGGAGUUUAAAGCAUAACAAGAGGAUUUUGUUCCAGCGCAUGGCGCCUUAUCCACAGCGCAAAGUUAUCACUUUCAACCGCUACACAGAUGACUUUGAGUUCUACGUCAACUACGGAGAUCUGUCUUUCCUGAGCCAGGAUGAUUUGCAGAUUUUUGGUUCUCUCAAUCUCACUACCGUGAGGCUGAAGGGAGUUGGGGACAGUUUCAAGAAGCACUCGGAUUAUGAAUCCAAAGGCAUCAAAGCUCACUUCAACAUGGAUGAGAGUGGAGUACUAAGCCUUGACCGGGUGGAAUCUGUGUUUGAGACCUUGGUGGAAGACAAGCUGGAGGAGGAGUCAACACUGACAAAACUUGGAAACACCAUCUCGAGCCUCUUUGGGGGUGGUGGCCCUACGCCAGAGACUGCGGAGAACCUGACAGACUCGGUUCAGGAAGAAGAAGAGAGCCUAGCCGAAACAGGUAAAGAAGAGCAGGGGGAGAAACAAGACCAGAAAAGCAGUGCAGAGGAUGUCGGUGAAGAGCAGGGAGAAGAGAAACAGCAGUCUCCAGGUCAAGCAGAAACUGCCCCUCCAAAAGCAGAGUCGCAGAAAAAGGAAGAAGGGGAGAAAUCAGAGUCUCAAGAUCCCAAAGAAAAUAGAGAAACUGCAAAAGACGAAGAACCAUCCAAAAGUUCUGGUGACAGCACAGUUACCAAAACAGAGGAAGAGAAGAAGAUCAAAGCACCCAAGAAGCAGAAGCUCGUCCAUGAGAUCACCAUGGAACUGGAUGUAAACGAUGUGCCUGACCCGCUGGAUGAUGAACUGAAGAGCUCGAUGAAAAAGCUCCAAGACUUGACGGUCAGAGAUCUAGAGAAACAGGAAAGAGAAAAAUCGGCCAACAGCUUGGAGUCAUUCAUCUUUGAGACCCAGGACAAGCUUUACCAAGAGGAGUAUCAGUUUGUCUCGACAGAGGAGCAGAGGGAAGAAAUUUCCAGAAAGCUUAGCGAGGCUUCCAGUUGGAUGGAGGAGGAGGGCUAUGCAGCCACAACUAAGGAGCUGAAAGACAAGCUUUCAGAGCUGAAAAAGCUUUGUAGGAACGUCUUCUUCCGUGUCGAGGAAAGGAGAAAGUGGCCAGAACGCUUGGCUGCCCUGGAAAGUCUGCUCAACCACUCAACCAUCUUUCUCAAGGGAGCCCGAAUGAUUCCAGAGUCUGACCAGAUAUUCACAGAAGUGGAACUGAGUACACUGGAAAAAGCCAUCAAUGAAACAAUGCUCUGGAAAAAUGAGACGCUGGCUGAACAGAACAAGCUCUCUCCUGCUGACAAACCUGUCCUGCUGUCCAAAGAUAUAGAGCUCAAGAUAGCAGCCCUGGACAGGGAAGUGCAGUACCUUCUGAAUAAGGCCAAGUUUGCAAAACCCAAACCCAGAAAGGAGAAGAACACCACAAAAACUGAUUCAGGCAAGAAUGCUACAGCAUCCUCUGAGACUGAGAACACUAUCCCUCCCACGGAGGGGAAACAAGAAGACAAACCUGAGGAUAUUCAUCCAGCCAAGGAACCUCCUACAGCUGAGAAAGUAGCAAUAGAUGGUGAGCCUGGAUCAGACUCUGGGUCCAAAAAAGAGAAGACAGAAGCUGGAGGAGAAAGCAGGAAAAACGAUGAGUUAUAACACCCCUGAAAACCCACUAGUGUCAUCAUCUAUUUAUUUCAUGGUUACUUUCUUGUUUUUAUAACGGACCUGGUUAGUCAUGAUGUAAAUGGAACAUGCCAAACAGUCUGACAACAAAAUGGGAUAGAGAUGUAAAUUUUUUUUCUGGGGAUUUUGCCGCUACUAACUUAGUGAAUUGGUUUUUGUUUUUCUUUUCUUACGUGUUUAAAGGUGGCAGUGUGCCCACCGAGAAUUGUCUCUGUUUCAGUACAGAAGUCACUAAAGUGACUUUUCUGUGGAGAGAAAGCAGUAAAGAAACAUCCU